AUGAAUUGUUACCACUAUGACCAUGAUUCAUCAGACGACUGUUCUUCUUGCGACGAUGAGUGUGAGUGUUGUGGAAGUCAUGGACAUCGUAAUGAUGUCCCUGAACCGAAAAGAGUGCCUAAUUUAUUCUAUAUUAAAAGAGGAAAUGGAAUAGAGAAAGGUAAUGAUGGAAGUAAGGUAAUAAUUAACUAUACAAUGAAAUUUUCUGGGAAUGUUAUUGAAGAAAGAAAUGGUUAUGAAAUGAUUAUUGGAGGAGAUUAUAACAGUAUUAUUUGUGAAGGAAUUGAGUUGAUGGCUGAACAUAUGCAUGAGGGAGAUAUUUGUUCAAUGGAUUUACUUCCAGAACUAGCAUUUGGUGAUAAAGGAGAUGAAAAACGCCACAUUCCUCCUAAUGCUCUUAUUCAAAUGAAAAUCGAAUUAGUUCAUUUGGACAAAUUCCCAACUCCAUUUACUAUGGAUGGUGAACAACUUUAUCCAUAUGCCUUAAAGAAAAAAGAAGAAGGAAAUGUUUUUAUGAAAGAAUGUCAUUAUCAAAGAUCUAUAAGAGCUUACCAAUGUGCCUUAGAGUUUCUUGAAGAAGACUAUCGUAUUCCUGCUGAAAUUAGACAGCAAGCUUUUGAACUAAGACAUGUCCUUCAUAACAAUUUAUGUGCAGUUUAUAUUCAUGAAAAGAAGUUUAAAUAUGUUGUUGUUCAUGCAAGUAUUGUUAUUAAAGAAGAUAGUUGUAAUUGGAAAGCUUUAAUGAGAAGAGGAACAGCUUAUUUAAGUAUGGAUAAAUUAGAUAAAGCAAGAAAAGAUUUAGAAACUGCCCAAGACUUUGAACCUGAUUCAAAAGAUAUUGCUCUUCAAUUAAAAAUUUGUAGACAACGCCAAGCAGCAAAUUUAAAACGAGAAAAAGGAGUUUAUUCAAAAAUGUUUUAA